AUCCAUCUGGACGUCUUGAAAUUGCCUCGGCCUUUGUCUUUCUGAUCGUCUUUCCAGCUCGCUGAGAUACGUCGGGUACGGCCUACCCUCCCCUAGGAAGAGGAAAUGUCUACAGUCACUGCGACUCCAAGAAGGGCUGGUCAUGACUCCAGCAAUAUGGCCACCACCACUCCUCAAACAACGCGAGUAGCGACUUCUCACAUCAUCCAAUCGUCCCCGCACUACCAGACCACUCGGAGGCAUUCGCUAUACGGAACUGAGGAUAGGGUGGUCAUAGACCCCGGGUCGCGCAUAUGGAAGGUAGGGUUUAGUGGAGAGGGCAAACCAAGAGACGUCUUGACAGCCGGAGACAACGGCUCGUCACUCUGGACACUGAAUCGUGCGUCCAAACCUGCCGAGCGGGAAGAGGAGGAUAAGAUGCUGGAGGCAAGGUUGCAAAGUCGACUGCGUGCAGUAUUCCACGACUCACUCAUGACCGACCCGAAGUCGCGCAAAGUGAUAUUGGUGGAGCACCCGUUAAUGCCACUGCACAUCAAGGAUAUUGUUGCUCGAAUAUUGUUCGACAAUCUGCAGGUCCCGUCCAUCUCGUUUGCUUCAAGCCAUCUCCUCGCAUUGCUUGCAGCAGGCAGGAUUACAGGUCUCGUACUAGACUGCGGUCAUCUAGAGUCCACAGUCCUACCCAUAUUCUCCUCUAGACCAUUGUUCCCCCAGCUGCGUACAACCCCUCUCGCCGGUAUGCGCUUGUCAUCGCACAUCCGAGCACUACUCCUCCUCUUCGGUACCUACAUCCCGCCGUUGACUUCACUGAGCGGCGCCGCCAACAUCCCUGCCGCUACGCGCUCUAUGCGUGUACCCGACGAAGUGCUCGCAGGCCCGGUCAUAGAGGAGAUCAAGACACGCUGCUGCUUCGUAGGCGAGACUCUUGACCUGGCCGACAGCGGUGCCACCCGUGUCACGUCACCCUCGGGCGACGACUCGUUUGAGCACGACCUCCCUCCCUCCAGCGACCCUGCGUCGAUGUCCGAGUCUGAUUUCUCUCGCGUGUCCGCAUCUGAGAUGGAUAGCAACUACGCCGCGUCGUCAGGCUUCUCCGUAGUCUCGCGGUCACAAGUCCAUCCCGAUGGCCCGCGUCCUGGCGAGACUCACCUGCAGGCCCUCGCGGAGAUGUACAAGCGGCAUUCUACCGCGACGGACCUCCAUAUGCAUAUUGACCCGCCGAGAGACCAGCAAGCGGGGACUGGGAAGGGCACCCUCAUCAUACCAGGCUGGAUCAGGGAACGCGGGGCAGAAGUGCUCUUCGAGGGUGGUGAUGUCGAUGAGAGCAGUAUGGCUGAGGUUAUCCUCGACUCCCUGCUGAAGGUACCCGUUGACCUUCGCAAGACGCUUGCCUCUACCAUCCUGGUCGUCGGUGGCACGCCCAUGCUGCCAGGGUUCAUCCCUCGUCUCCAAGCAGAGCUCGUCCGCGCCAUCAACUCAUCCGCGCCAACGUCAACCCGUCCUCCAAGCCGCCCCGGGCGGCCGCGGCCGGCACCAUACGACCGCUAUGCCCCGCUCCGUCCAUUACUUCCCUACUUUGCUAUCCUGAACAAUCCGUCCCCACCCCCGCCGACAUCCGCGAGCUUCGUCACGAAUGCCGGCAAGGCACCCGCAUUCACACCUGCUACAAUGGCAUGGGUAGGAGGAUCUCUCGCUGGAGCGCUGAAGACCGGUGGUGUCGAGGUUGCAAGAGAGCGAUGGGACGAAGCGGACGCUCAGCCGGAAGACGAAGAUGAUGCUAUGGAGGGCACCGCCGACACCGCACCGUCAUCGAGGAACGUUUUGCCAGACUGGACGCGCACACCGCUCCCGGUCGGUGCACCCCCAGCUCCUCGGCCUCAGGCGGCCCCUAUAAUCGUCACGCCUCAGACUGAAGUUGGUGCAUGAUACUCAUGUUAUCGCUUGGGGUUGUGCUAUCGUUGUACAUUACUCGUUUGGUUUUCGGGUUGCUGCCAGGCAUAGCUGUCAAGUGUGAACGCAAAACAAUGCGAUGUGGUCUGAGACUGUCUCCAGUAUGCUACGAUGUUUAUCCUAGACGCUUCUGCAGUCCAUAUGCUAUAUACUACGGUCGAGGCUACAUGUUCUGAGGUCCGCUAGAUUAGG